GUGGAUUUUGUAGAAAAAAUCAGUAAAUAUUUGAUAUCUCAAAUGAAUGAAAAAAAAGACUACUUCGAUAACGAUGAACAAUUUCUCGCCCACUAUUAGAAGAAGUUUAGCAUAAAUCGUUGAAUUUAAUUUGAGGAAUGGACCAUAAUUCUGAUGUGAUUAAAUGAUUAAAUUGUCGAAAUAUUAAAGGCAAAAAUGCACUUAAACGUGGUCUUCGACAAAACUUUCAAACUAUCUAGUUUUACUAUUUCAUAUAAUUAAGACACAUUUGUGAUAAUCAGUACCCGUGUUACCGCAAGAAUGUUUAUAACAAUAUGACAUCAUUUGCUAAAGCAUGUAUAGGCUUUUCUAAUAAUUUAAAAAAUUUACGUUUCACUAAAUCAAAUACACCAACUACUUCUUCCAGUAUUACAGUGACUAAUUCAACACCUACCAUGACUAAGUCGUCAGUAGUAUUAAAUUUUGAAUCGGAUACAAUGAAAAAUUCUGUGACGAAUGAAUAUAUUAUUUCAGUUACCAAUAAGAUUGUAGCGAAUAAUGCUAAAACUAACAAUCCUCAGUUCACUAUUAAUUCAACUGAAGAAAAAUAUCGAUUUCAGAAAGAUCAUGAUAACAGUGAAUUAGUAAAUUAUAAAUCUACUCGCUUUACAAAUGAUAAAUCUACGAUUUGUAAUAAAUUAUUCUCUAUCCCUAAUAAUGUCAGUACUAAUAAUCGUUGUAAUGAUGCUAACACCACUAAUAACAGUACCACUAGUAGCGGUAGUGCAAAUCUGGAUGGUAAACUUGCUAAUGAAAAGCAACCCUCAUCGACAUUAAACAACCCAGGGGUCAUAAGGCGUAGUGAAAUUAAUUCACUGGAAAACUCUGCAAUUCUUUCUAGUACAACACCUAUGGCACAAAACAGAACAAACAUUAUGCCUAAUGGAUAUGUUAAUAAUGAUUCCCUAAAAACUGUGAUUUCGAAUUCUUCUGACUAUCAGUUAUCGAAUUCGAAAAUCUCGAACUCAUUACCCAAUAGUCCAGUGCCGAGACAUAGUUUCACAAUGAAAAAUAAGUUCUCAUCAGAAAUUAACCAAGAUUACAAACAUGCUCAUAGUAAUAUAAAUAGUUUAACAGAUUCCCCAUUUACAUCCAAAACUACACUUUCACCAACUAUGACACAUCGUUUAGCAAUGCUUGCACGUAACUAUAAAAACAGUAUUGUAAAUAAUUGUAAUAGUAUCAACGGCAGCGAUUCUACUGGUGUUGCAUACAAUCGUUAUUCAAAUAAUUCAAUUUCAUCAUCAUCUUCACCCUUAUCCUCUCAUCGGGGAACAACAGUAGCUGCUAUAAAACAAAGAUUAUUAAAUCAAGGACUACAUAUUAAUUUGAACAUUCCAGUUAAGAAAUUCACAUGUACACGUUAUCGAGAUUAUAUAAGACGUCAGAAAAGAGGUUGUCCACAUACAGUUGAAUCAUUAUGGUUGAAUAAGAAUUUUAUGAACAAUAUAUUUGUUUAUUUAACUGGAACCGAACUGAUUCACUAUUCUAUUGUCUGUCGUACAUGGUAUGAGUUUAUGUGUUUAAAUGGUUUCCAGAAUAAAUUAUGCUUUGUCUUAAACAUCAAAAAGUUAAUUGGAGAAAUUGAAAACAAUUACGAAGAUUCGAAAUUAAAUCAAUGUUCAGAUUUUAAAGAUCCAGUAAUUAGUUCAAACGAUAAUGAUUACAUUCCAAUAUCUAAUGAUUUAUUGUACAGAUAUUUAGAAGACUCAGUUCGAAUUCGCAUUGUAUCCGCUAUAAACAGGCACCUGGAGACUAUUAAAAUUGUACAGUUAAUUGAGAGAUAUAGUUCUAUAUUGUAUAAUAUAUUAGAAAUGCUAUUAAACCCAAAUCGCAAUGUAGUUUUCAGUCCAAUGUCACAGUCCUCUACUAUGGAAUCUGAUUUCCCUCAAAUCAACACAACAACCAACAACAACAAUGCAUUGACCAAAACUAAAACAUUUAACAACCGAAUCUUACUGACAUCAAAUCAAAAUUGUUCUCCGUGGAUGAAUAUAACAGACGAGAAAAAUCAUCUAAUGUGCAAGACUAAUGACGGUGUUAGUUCACUCCUCAGUUCAUUCCAAAACCAAGUGAAACAGCAGCAACAAAAUGGUUUUAUACAGGACAAAAAUCUCAUAACAGCGAACUAUGUUAUUCAGAAUAAAUCAUCACUAAGUAAUGAUUCAUUUUCUAUACCGAGUGAUACAUAUAUGCUUAAAAAAAUGAGUCACUCUAAGAACUCCGUUUCUUCAAAUCUCUCCACUCCAGAGAACACUGACAGUAAUUCUACAUACACACAUAAGUUUACUCAUAUGAUAUUCAAAUCAUGUAGCAUACUGGAUCAAUCACUGUCACGUUUAAUAAAUUUAUUUCCUUCUUUAAAACAAUUAGAAUUUGAGUGUUGUAACGAUUUUACCGAAUUGGCUUUUUGGUCAUGUCUUUUACCAAGCAUUGAAUAUUUAACAGUGUUCGAUUGUAUCAACGUUUCAAAUGAAAGUAUGAAUGCCAUUGGAAAUCUAUUACCAGAACUAAAAUGCUUUAAAUUUCAAGCUUAUCACAUAACGGAUGCAGCUCUCAGUUAUUUCAGUGCAAAACAACGAAUCAAUAUGCACACAAUGGAAUUAACUCAAUGCAUGGAUGUAACAAAUCAAGGUAUAAUGACACUGGCUUAUACACUGAACAAUCUGCGAGUUUUGAGUUUAAGUGGAUGCAGUAAACUAACUGAUGAUGGUUUAGAUGUGAUAUGUGAAAAUUUAAAACAUUUAAUAUCACUGAAUUUAUCAUGGUGUUCUAAGAUCACUGACAGUGGAUUGGAAUGUGUAGCAUGUGAUUUAAUUCUUCUGAAGAAAUUACUACUAGACAGGUGUAUAGAAUUGACUGAUAUGGGAAUAAGCCAUCUAGCAACCAUGUCUAAUCUUCAACAUCUCAGUGUAAGAUGGUGUAUCAACUUAUCAGAUGGUAGUAUACCUCAUUUACUUAGUACCACAGGACUAAAUUAUUUAUGCUUAAGUGGUUGUAAAAGAAUAAGUGAAGAUGGUCUAUGUACAUUAGCUCGUCAUCCACGUUUGAAUUACUUGGAAUUGGCACAUUUACCAGCAGCUACACAACCAGUAAAGUUGUAUUUAAACAAAAAUUUACCCAACUGUAAAUUGUUAUGUUAAUAAUACAAAAUAAUGUAUAGCAGUGUAGUAUAAAAGAUAUAUUAUGC